AUGGGCUCGGGGCGCGUGCCCGGGCUCUGCCUGCUUGUCCUGCUGGUCCACGCCCGCGCCGCCCAGCACAGCAAAGCCGUGCAAGAUGUGGACGAGUGUGUGGAAGGGACUGACAACUGCCACAUCGAUGCCAUCUGCCAGAACACCCCACGAUCGUACAAGUGCAUCUGCAAGUCUGGCUACACGGGGGAUGGUAAACACUGCAAAGAUGUGGAUGAGUGCGAACGGGAGGAUAAUGCAGGUUGUGUGCACGACUGUGUCAACAUCCCUGGCAAUUACCGAUGCACCUGCUAUGAUGGAUUCCACCUGGCACAUGACGGACACAACUGUCUGGAUGUGGACGAGUGUGCCGAGGGCAACGGCGGCUGUCAGCAAAGCUGUGUCAACAUGAUGGGCAGCUACGAGUGCCACUGCCGGGAGGGCUUCUUCCUCAGCGACAACCAGCACACCUGCAUCCAGCGGCCGGAAGAAGGAAUGAACUGCAUGAACAAGAACCAUGGCUGUGCUCACAUCUGCCGGGAGACACCCAAAGGGGGUAUUGCCUGUGAAUGCCGCCCUGGCUUCGAGCUCACCAAGAACCAACGGGACUGUAAAUUGACGUGCAACUAUGGCAACGGUGGCUGCCAGCACACGUGCGAUGACACGGAGCAGGGUCCCCGGUGCGGCUGCCACGUCAAGUUUGUGCUCCACACCGACGGGAAGACGUGCAUCGGGGAAAGGCGGCUAGAGCAGCACGUACCCCCUCAGGCCGUUUCUAAUGAGACCUGUGCUGUCAACAACGGGGGCUGCGACAGCAAGUGCCACGAUGCAGCGACAGGCGUCCACUGCAGCUGCCCCGUGGGCUUCAUGCUGCAGCCAGACAGGAAGACCUGCAAAGACAUAGAUGAGUGCCGCUUGAACAACGGGGGAUGUGACCACAUUUGCCGCAACACAGUGGGCAGCUUCGAAUGCAGCUGCAAGAAGGGCUAUAAGCUUCUCAUCAACGAGAGGAACUGCCAGGAUAUAGACGAGUGUUCCUUUGAUCGGACCUGUGACCACAUCUGUGUGAACACGCCAGGGAGCUUCCAGUGCCUCUGCCGUCAUGGCUACCUCCUGUAUGGCGUCACCCACUGUGGGGAUGUGGAUGAGUGCAGCAUCAACCGGGGAGGCUGCCGCUUUGGCUGCGUCAACACUCCUGGCAGCUACCAGUGUACCUGCCCAGCAGGCCAGGGCCGGCUGCACUGGAACGGGAAAGACUGCACAGAGCCAGUGAAGUGUCAGAGUAGUCCUGGUGCCUCAAAAGCCAUGCUCAGCUGCAACCGCUCUGGGAAGAAGGACACCUGUGCCCUGACCUGCCCGUCCCGGGCCCGGUUUUUGCCAGAGUCUGAGAAUGGCUUCACCGUGAGCUGUGGCAUCCCCAGCCCCAGGGCUGCUCCAGCCCGAGCUAGCCAUGCCGGGAACAGCACGAACUCCAACCACUGCCAUGAGGCUGCAGUGCUGACGGUUAAACAGCGUGCUUCCUUCAAGAUCAAAGACGCCAAGUGCCAUUUGCACCUGCGAAACAAAGGCAAAGUGGAAGAGACCAGCAGGAUCGCGGGGCCAGGUGGCACCCCCUGCUCUGACUGCCAGGUCACCUUCAUCCACCUCAAAUGUGACUCCUCUCGGAAGGGCAAGGGCCGACGGGCCCGGACCCCUCCAGGCAAGGAAGUCACUCGGCUCACUCUGGAACUGGAGGCAGAAGUCAGGGCCGAAGAGACCACAGCUGGCUGUGGGCUGCCCUGCCUCCGACAGCGGAUGGAACGGCGGCUAAAAGGAUCCCUGAAGAUGCUUAGAAAGUCCAUCAACCAGGACCGCUUCCUACUGCGCCUGGCAGGCCUCGAUUAUGAGUUGGCCCACAAGCCAGGCCCAGUAGCUGGGGAGCGAGUUGAACCAGUGGAGGCCUGUAGGCCUGGGCAGCACCGCUCUGGGGCCAAGUGUGUCAGCUGCCCGCAGGGGACGUAUUACCACGGCCAGACGGAGCAGUGUGUGCCAUGCCCAGCGGGCACCUUCCAGGAGAGAGAAGGGCAGCUCUCCUGCGACCUUUGCCCUGGGAGUGAUGCCCACGGGCCUCUCGGAGCCACCAACGUCACCACAUGUGCAGGUCAGUGCUCACCUGGCCAACACUCUGCAGAUGGGUUCAAGCCCUGCCAGCCGUGCCCACGUGGCACCUACCAACCUGAAGCAGGAAGGACCUUGUGCUUCCCAUGCGGUGGGGGCCUCACCACUAAGCAUGAGGGAGCCAUCUCCUUCCAAGACUGUGACACCAAAGUCCAGUGCUCCCCUGGGCACUACUACAACACCAGCAUCCACCGCUGUAUCCGCUGUGCCAUGGGCUCCUAUCAGCCUGACUUCCGUCAGAAUUUCUGCACCCGCUGUCCAGGAAACACAAGCACUGACUUUGAUGGCUCCACCAGUGUGACCCAGUGCAAGAAUCGCCAGUGUGGUGGGGAGCUGGGUGAGUUCACUGGCUAUAUCGAGUCCCCCAACUACCCAGGCAACUACCCAGCUGGUGUGGAGUGCGUCUGGAACAUCAACCCCCCACCCAAGCGCAAGAUUCUUAUCGUGGUACCCGAGAUCUUCCUGCCAUCUGAGGAUGAGUGUGGGGACGUCCUCGUCAUGAGAAAGAACUCCUCCCCAUCCUCCAUUACCACCUAUGAGACCUGCCAGACCUACGAGCGCCCCAUUGCCUUCACAGCCCGCUCCAGGAAGCUCUGGAUCAACUUCAAGACAAGUGAAGCCAACAGCGCCCGUGGCUUCCAGAUCCCCUAUGUUACCUACGAUGAGGACUACGAGCAGCUGGUAGAAGACAUUGUUCGAGAUGGCCGGCUCUAUGCAUCUGAAAACCACCAGGAAAUUUUAAAGGACAAGAAGCUCAUUAAGGCCUUCUUCGAGGUGUUGGCCCACCCGCAGAACUACUUCAAGUACACAGAGAAGCACAAGGAGAUGCUGCCAAAAUCCUUCAUCAAGCUGCUCCGCUCCAAAGUGUCCAGCUUCCUGAGGCCCUACAAAUAG